UCUUGCAGGGAGGACAUGACUCUGGAUCCAGACACGGCUCAUCCCGAGCUCGUCCUGUCUGAGGAUGGGAAAACUUUGAGACAGACAAACACACGGCAGGAUCUGCCCGACAAUCCUGAGAGAUUUGACACGUGGCUCUGCAUGCUGGGCCGUGAGGGAUUCACCUCCAGGAGACACUGGUGGGAGGUGCAGGUGGGAGAGGGGAGGUGGUGGGCUGUGGGGGUGGCCAGAGAGUCUGUGAGCAGGAAGGGAGUGAUCAUAUUUAGCCCCGAGGAGGGGGUCUGGGGUGUACGGCGCUGGGUGGGUCACUACGAGGCUCUCGCUGCCCCUGAUCGCACCCCGCUGUCCCUGGACCGGGUGCCCAGCAGGGUGGGGGUGUAUCUGGACUGCACAUUGGGGCAGGUGUCGUUUCUCGAUGCUGACACCAGGGCCCUGAUCUUCACCUUCUCGCCGGCUUCGUUCGCGGGGGGCAGGAUCCGGCCCUGGUUCCUGGUGGAGUUUGGUGAAAUCAGGCUCAGCCGGAGCCAGUGAGAGGGAAAGGAAACGUGCAAGACGGGACCUGCUCGUUGUCCCCUCCGGCCUCAGUCGUGCUCGUGUCUGUGACUCUGGAGGACGCCUCUCGCUGCAGACGAUCAG